UAGUCAGUGCCUUCGCCGCGUACAUCAGCCAUGGCCAUUGGAGACACCGGUCUGCAAUACCUUUCGCAGGAGCAGGUUGACCAGUUCUACCGUGACGGAUACUUGCGACUGCCCAACUUUUUGAGUCCAGAGGAUACCGAGGCGCUACUGACGCGUUCGCGACAGCUCCUGGCGAACUUCAGCCUCGAGGACCACCCGCUCGUGCGCCUCCACUCCCUCGUUCUCGUGCUCUGUCGCCAACUGACGUCUGCGGGACCUUGCUGGUAUGCAGACGAAGUUUACAACUGGCGACGACAAUCACGUUGGGGAUGACUACUUCCUGAGCUCGGGUGACAAGAUCCGGUACUUCCUCGAGGAGGAGGCGGUCGGUAAGGACGGGAAGCUCACCCGUCCGAAGGAGAAGGCGGUGAACAAGAUUGGACAUGGUG